CCGUCUGCACACCGAGCCGGGCGCGCGGCGUGCCUUGGGCGUGCCUGCAGGUGUACGGCGGCGGUGCCCCUCGACGGCGUUGCGUGUGCGUGCGUGUUCGUGUGUGUGCCUCUGUGUGAGUGCUGCCCUUUGGAGGGCGGUGCUGUGUCGAUGUCCUCCUAGCCGCAUUCCCCGCCACGGUGGGCGUGCUGCUGCACUGCUAACGCAGUUCGGCGCCCCGGCCGUCGGCGCCAUGGGGGAGUGGCGCCUCCACGGCGACAGCCUGGACCGCCUCGACAGUGUCGGCGCUCGGGUAGCCCCGCCAGCCCGCGCCGUCGGCACCUAGCGCCUCCACCGACGGCUACAACACCGCCACUCUCGUGCCCCCGACGGGUCGCGGUGCGUUUGCAGUGGAGUGCAGUGACCACGCCGGCCCCGCCGGCCCCAUGGCCUCAUGAUGGCAUCGCGACGUAUGGAGCCGGGCUAGCCCUGCCUCGCCUGCCUCGCCCAGCCGGUACCGAGACGAGCCGAGCUGUCUGUUCGCGGCCCAGCCGAUCCAUUGGAUAUCGGAGCCGAGCCGGGCCCGCGACAACAAGAUGGCGCUCCUGGACUCGUGCCUCUGCUGCAGCCUCAUGGUGGCGUCGUUCGUCAUCGGCGUCUACGCGCUGGUCGCGUACGUGAUCGCCUUCGCCGUGGAGCUGUGGUGGAUCGUCGAGUCGGAGGGCGGCCUCCCCGCCCCGGCCCACCUGCUCUGCGCCGGCUACUUCGUUAGUUUGGUGCUGUGCGCCGUCCUGCUGCACGGGCUCACUGUCCGGAGGAGCAUCUGCCUGGUGGUGUGGCUCGUCGGGGUGGCGGCGCUCGCGCUACCCGAGGCGGGCAUGGUGCUGUACAUGGCGCUGCAGUACUGGAGACUCCAAUCGCUGUACGGCCUGACUGAGAUCACCUGUUGGGCCUGCAGGCUAUUUAUUAAUGUUGCCGGCGUGGUGAGUGUUCAGUCCCUGUACUCGUCGUGGAGGGAGGAGUCCGAGGUGAUGCGGCGGCUGCGGGACCUCAACAUGUCCAGCACUAUGUCGAACGGGCGGCGCGGCUCCGUGGCGUCCAGCAACGGCGUGGUGCCGAACCACGGCAUGCUGGGGCUGGCGUACCAGAACGAGGGCUUCGUGGGCUCCAUGAGCCAGCUCAACGGCAAGCCCGCGGGGGGCACGUACGCGGUGCCGCUGCAGCCCCUGCACGCCACCAAACUCAAGAGGUCGGCGUCGUCGGCGUCCCGGCGCUCCACCGCGUCGGCCAUGAGCCUCCCCGCCAUGUCGAUGUCGCCGCUGGGCGGCUACGUCGGCGACGGCUCCGUGUACGGCUACCCCGUGGGACCCCACCUGGGCCACGCCGUCCCCGCCAUGCCCGCCGUGGGGCACCCACUGCUGCCGCCGCCCGGGCCACUGCACCGCACCGACUCAACGAGCGAGUUCAACGCGGCCGCCUUCGACGGCAUGCUCGCGGCGUCGCUCCGCUCCGGCCCCGUGUCCCCCGGCGGGGACGUCGUCGACGGCCCUGGGGUCGCCCCCGGCCGCGCGGCGCGCCUCAGCAAGGCGCAGUCCCUCGUGGACCUGAGCAGGGCGGGGUCGUCCUCGAGGCUCGGGGACUACUGGCGCGUAGAGUCGGUGACGGCGCCCUCGCGGCCCGUGGCCUACAUGGUGCCGUCUACGCGGAGCCUGGACCGGCGGCCACACCGGCCGCGCCGCGCCGUGUCCAUGGCCGACCUCGGCGUCCACGUCCACGGGCCGCCCUUCGUGCACGCCGGGCCCGUGGGCCACAUGGUGGCGCACCCACUGUACUUCAGGGACGCCUACGGCAGGGACUUCCUGUACCCCUCGCCCUACGUGCACCCGAGCAUGCUGUACCGCGGCGCCACCAGCAAGACGUCCCUGGGCGCCGCGUCCGACGACUUCCGGAAGUACCGCGACGUCGCCCUCUGACGAAGACUGCCGCGACGAACUGUGAACAUAGUGCGUGCCAUCGUGAUUUCAUAAAAAAUAGUGACUAACAAAAAUCCCCCUUGCAAGGAGAAACUCAAAUAAAACGGAGUUUUGCUAUUAGGUCGUGAUUGCUCAAAUGUAGGAAGGGACGAAAGUGAGACAGGAAUCACAUUGUCAAACAGUUUCCAAUGACGAAUUUUGUUAUUUAUUUAUUUUACAAAGUAACUAAUAAGCUGAGUCUUCCACCCCCGUGUCGCCCCAAACCGUACCAGAAUUAUAGAUUGAUUUCAACCAGUGUUAAUUGUUUGGUACACUGCAAAUGAAUUAUGAAGCCGUAGGGCUUGGCUAGUCAGACAUGCCAUUCUUAGAUUAUGUACUUAGAUUUUACGGAAAAUAUUACAAUCCAUUGUAAAUGAGCUUUUUAUAAAUAAAUUUUAACGACA